CACGGGAGUUACACUACAAAUGUGAUAAGUUUACUCCAAAGAUCCGUCAAUGAUUUCUGAAAACAGAUGGAUUAACUGAGCAAUUUAGAGGAUUUUUGUACUCGAAAAUGAUUGUCAACGAGACAUAGAGGCUUAUUUUGUGGAGUUGCGAGGCACUCCAGCAUGAACUGGACAAACUGCCUUCGCUAUCAGUCCUGAUAUGUCGAGCCUGGGAUCGUUCGUUGGUGGGCCCCUGGGAGAGGAAGACGUAGAAGAGCUACGCUCCGAGCGUUCCAUACGAGGACUCAAGGUCAAUAUUGCAUUUAUUUUUGAACAGAGAGAUAUGAUAUAGGCUCGUACUGUUCAAUUAUCACUAACGAUCUUGGAAAAUGUUCUCAUUUUACCGCAGUCUCAAGAAGAAAUCGAAAGACUGACUGUUGACGAGAGUCUUGAUGACAUUGAGCGGGCCGUGUUACUAUUAAGGUGAGCUGAAUAGAAACCUCAAAUCACAUACUUAACGCUCAUAAUUUGGAAAUUAAUCAUCGCUCAAAAAUGCCUGAAGUUCUGAACAUUCUGCGUUCAAGAACAUCUCGAACCGUUCGUGAAAUUGAUCACGGAAUUAUGUGUAAAUUUCACUCGUUUCCGUCACGUCUAAUAAGCAUGUUUGCUCAUUUCGCUUGGUUUAAUUAUAACAAUGGCAAUUUUUAUUUUGUUUGUUGAAUCAUGGUUUCUUUUAGAUGGAUUAAUGCCUUCCUUGAAUUCGAAAGCUGAGCUUAAUUUAGUUACUUUUUCAAGUGCUACCGUCAGAGCACAAAAACGUGGCGUUGGCAAAGGCCAAUGUGCGCUAAUGUGAUUUCAAACGAGCGGUGAGAUGGCAGGUAUUAUUAACUUUAUUUUCGAUGAAUCACAAGUGGACCAUAAAGUUCACAAACCAUUAAAUAGCUUGGAAAUUAAUAAUGGAUUUAGACUGCGGUGUACGUUUUGUCUGAGGGUGUGUGUACACUAAGAAAGGCUAGUAUUAGCCGUCAGCAAACAUGUCUGAAAAGUUUGUGUGACUUUUGAAGAGGCAAAUUUAUUUGACUGUUUGCAUGUUGCGAUUCAAAUGAACAUUUCAGUUCUCUAUGGCCUUUGUCGCGCUUACGUUUUCUGCAUUUUAAAGUCCAUUAGUUUCGUAGAGUAACUUAUAAUCUGAACUUUUUAAAUACUUGGACAAGGGAGAAGUGUGGAUUUGUGCUGUUAAGAAUUCAGCAACGUCCUUGAAAAAUAUGUGGCGUAAUCGAAACUAGAUGAAGUAAAAUUUGAAAGAGGUCAGGUCAAAAUGUGUUUUUCACGUGUAGCAGAUGACUUUUUGGAAGCUGAUGGAAAUGUGAAUUGCACCAAAUAUCUUGAAAUUUCAUCUAAAGGAAAGGAAACAAUGUUUUGCAAAGCCUACUCUUCUGCCUGUCCUAGAUAUUGUGACUUCUAGCAAAUAUUGUACACUAGUAAUUUAUAUUUUGUCACUUGCGUGUGGUAUUAAUAUUGUAGAUCCACUGAUGGACUGUUUGUGUUGUCUCUCCUGGUCAUUAAAACUUGCUUUUGAAUUAAAAUAAACUUUUCAUGCAUGUAUUUAAUCAAGAAAACUUUUAAAUCUUCUCACAUGAAUCCUAUUAAUAUUUUUAUAAAGCCUCUAUCUCUGGAUGAUCACGACAAUCCAGAAUAGAAUUUUAUCUAACCCAAUAUCUGGGCAUGUUUUUGAAUUUGUUGUUAUUUUGGACCAGGUGAAUCUUUGCACAAUAUCUUGAAUGUGUUAUUGUGUUAUUUGGUGGUUCCUGUUAAAAUUGCCUCUUACACAAUCAAUAAGUGUUGAAAUUUUCAUGAUCUCCUGUGGAAAAUAUGAAUAAAUACUACACAGACAUCCUGAGCAGGAAGUUCUAUCAUUGUUUGUAACUUGACCCCAUAUCUCUCCUCAUAUAUCAGCUCUUUGUUCCUUGAAGCGUGGUUUUAUAAUUAGAUGCAUGUGCUUUGUUGAUUUGUCGGCUUGAGGGAUCUAUAAAGGCCCUGAAGAUUACACACACAGUUGACAUGUUUUUCGGUUGUUAUUACACAUAUUUAAUUAGUUCACAAAAUUGCCUUGUCAUGCUACUCUGCAUGCAUGCAUUGUGCGUAGCAUGGAAAACUACAAUGAUUACAGGAAAUUCCCUGAUAUUGAAUAUGGAUGUUAGUCAAUUAGAAUCUUGUCAUACACAAACUGGUCUAUCAGAAUUAAAAAAAAAAAUACAAUCAUUCAACAUUCAGGUAAAUCUGCCAAUAAUAUGAAAUUCAGUUUAAACCUCAUGUUCUCCUAUAAAUUUUCCAAAAUCAAUUGACUUAACAACACUUGUUGAGAGUACAAUAUUAUCAAUUGUAAUUGUUACUGUGUUACAUAAUGCAUAAUAACAAAACUAAAAAGGAAGGCUAUCCAGCUCACUAUGUUUACAAUAGGUGACGUAAUCUUGCUAAUAAAAACAACAUUAUUAUUAUUUACAGUUCUGGAGUGGAAAUUCAAAAGCUCAGUGUCAUUAAUAACUUACCCAAACUUCUAGAGAAGAACAGUGCUGAUGUUAAUAGAAGAGUGGUACCAGUUCUUAGGGUGAGUCACAUGAUCAUUUAUGUGGUGAAAAAAAAACCCUAUAUCAAAGAGACUAGGAUAUCAAAGAUAUAAAUUUGAAAAACAGAGCCCAAUUUUUUUCAGAAUUGGAUUUGUGAAAAUCAAACAUAUUCAUAUGUGUUGUACCACAGAAAUAAGGAUAGUGACCCAUAUUUUUCACACCAUUUUGUUGUCCAUUUUGACCUAUUACAACCACAAAAUCUGUAGCAAAUUCUAAUUUUGAGGAAACAGACCAAUCCUUUCACCCCCAAGAGUGACUGGAAUCCAAAACUAAAUGAAACAUUAAGGUCACAAGUCAACUGAUGAAGCUUGUGAUCAUUAAAAAGUUUCUCCUUAGCAGUACCACAAGAAAAGGUAAAAGGACAGUAUGGAGAAUCUUCAUACUGAUGUUAAGGUGUAAAGGGUUUACCAUACUUUUGCAGGAGUACCUGUACAUUGCUCCCCUCCAUGUUCAGCUUGAAGCUACCAAGUCUUUUUCAAGCAUCAUUCAAAAUGGAACAAUACCAGCAUACAUGUUUUCUUCUUCAUUUCUGCCAAUCAUACUGCACAAUAUUGACAACAGAGACAACGGUGAGUGCAAACAUUAAGUCAGUUGUGCUUUGGUUCUGUGUAAACUAUGCUUAGUGCUCUAGGUUGGAGUUUGCAGUACCUUAGUCUAUAGAGGAGCUGGUGAUCUAUUGAUUGUAUAGAAGGGCUUGAAAUAGAUUGAUACUUCAACAACACUUGUUGAAGUAUCAGUAUAAUAGGGAUUGUGAAGCAGUGUGAAUAUCAAGGAGUAUCAACAUUCCAGAUUACAAUCAGAAUUUGUAAGGAAGCUAUGAGGGUGAUAGCAAAGAGAAAAUAGCAAAAUUAAAGAUUUAAUGAACUGAACAACAGCUCAGCACAUUGCUUGGUCGUCCUAUGUCAAAAAAAGUGGAAUCACCAAGUUUUGAGCAUUCUAAGAACAGGAACCUGGGGGACUAUUCAAUUAAAAUGUCUCAGGUAUUCCAGGAAGCUCACACAAACCUUUGAUAGAGUUCUGAACAUGCAAUUGAUGUACACAUAUAAACAAGUUACUUGUUAAGUAUUCAUUCAAUUUCACUUGUAACCAGGUACACAUUUUUCCUAUAGUGGCUGAAUCAAUGUACAUUUUUUUUUUCACUAGCACCUAUUGUAAAUUGAGGGGGAGGGGGGAGAAACUUGCUUAAGGUAACUGACUGGCUGGUACUUUUGGUCAGCUACUGGCUGUUAUUGACAGUUUUGCUCUUGAUGUAUGACUAUGACCCUCAUGAAAUCAUACAUGAAUCAUUUUAUUGCAGUGGUAGCAAAUUCAUGGCUUGAAACCCUCCUGACAUCAAUUGAUUUCCUUCCAAAAGAUGUUAUAAAAAGAGAGGUAGAUGCUUAUUUAUUAAUAAAAUCUCUUUCACCUUUGAUAAUACUUUGGUUUUUUUAAACCUGCAUUACUAUGUUCAGUGUCUCUUUCAAGAAAUGAAGCAAGUGCAUCACAGGGUCUAUUUCAUAUAAAUAAGGCACCUCACUCUACAAAUAAAUUGAAAGAUGGCACAGAAGCUUUCCUUGGAAUAAGCACCAUAAAAAUCAAAACAUACUAAAUUGUAAUAUUCCAGGAAUGAUGAUGAAGAUUCAUGGUUGUUACUAUUCUCUUAAGAUAGUUGACCCUCAAAACAAGUGUUACAAAAAGCCGCCAAACUGAAAAGUAACAAGGGUCAUUAAUUAUGAAAAUUUAUGGUCGUAGAGAAACAGAAAGAGCUCCUGAAAUUUUAUGGUUGAUAUUUUCUGGAAGAGGACAGCUUCUUAUAUGAAUAAACAGUGAAAAGAACAAAUUAGUUUUUAAGUUACAAAUGCAUCAAUUUAUUUGCAGGUCCUUGGUAUUGCCAUCUCUAAGGGUCAACUCUCUCAAUCAGUUAAUUGUAGACUUGCAAGUUGCAAGCUUCUUGGACAAAUUGCACCAAAGUUUGAAACUUACUGGUAAGGUCUGACUCUUUAACUCUGUGAUGCAAACUUUUUCUUUAACCUUUUAAGGAAAAAGCUAUUCCAUAAAGAAGAAGUACAGUAUGAUCUAAGAACCAUGUAAAUUUUAGCUCUGAAGUUCUAAAAUGUGUAUAAAAAUUGUAACUUUCUGCAGGGUUAGUAAACCAUUUGAAAAUUCUUUAGAUGAGCUAAAAAUUUGACUUUGGAAAUCACAAUUUCAAAACAGCCUGCAGAACACGGUUUUGAAACCCUGAUACAUGGUUCAUAAAAAUUGUUUUGUUGCAGGAUAAAGAAGGAGUUAAUGUCUUUGGUAGCAUCACUAUGUCAAGAUGUUGAUUACGAGGUCAGAGCUUGUAUGUGUCAACAGCUGGAAAGUAUAGCAAGAGCUCUAGGGUAAGGUGCCAUCAUUAUGUAGUUGUUUGUGGUCCUAUUUAAAUCCAUCCUCUAGGUAGAGGCCACAGAACAUCCUGAAAGGGGGGAGAAGAGUGCUUAUUGUACUCUAAGUGGGGAAAAAUACCCCAAAUUGUCCUUGAAAAUUUUUUUCACACUUACAAGCCUCUUUACAAUUUAAAUAAUCUGUAGUGUGUUGGUCAUUGAUUUGUGACAAAUCCCUCUCAGUCCCACAGCUUUCAAUUUUGGUGUUUUAUACCCCCCUUCAUCAGAGACGUACUCACCUGCAUCUGUGUGCCACUUUAUUUGUUCUUACCACAUUUUUCCAUUAUCUGUGGUCUGUUACUGAACAGCCAUACAGCAACAUGGAAUCUAUAUGAAUGUUAAAGUUUUGAAAAUAUUGGAUGUUAAAAAUUUUUAUGUCACCACAGGUUGGAAAGCACACAAAGCAUUAUCAUACCAGAGUUGGUUGAGCUUACAAAUGACGAGGAAACUAGUGUGAGACUUGCAGGACUGGAAACAAUCACAAACCUUCUUAGUCUUCUUGAUGAUGGUAGGAAUUUAAAGAAAUUGCUGUUUUAUUAUAGAGUUGUAGGUAACUCUCAGUGUAACAUUUUAUACAUCUGGGGAAGACCCUGAACUGACAGAACUAAAAUUUAGAAUCACCUUGUAUAACAUACAGUAGUAAACACAGGUUUUGAUAAUGUUUUCUGCUGUCAACUCAUGGCUUUUUCAAACCUAAAAGUUCUUCAUUUUACUCAAAAAUCUAACAUAAACAAAACUUAUAGCACUGAAUAACAAAGGAACUUGAUUCAUGCGUUUUUUUCAGCCGUGUGUGCAAAAAAUCAUAUAUGCUAAUCUGACUACCCCAAGCGUCUGAGCCUAUGAAAUGCGUCUGUGCAGUUAACAUAUAUGUGAGUGGUACUGUAAUAAACACAGGGGUUUCAAUAACCUUUCCAUAACCAGCUGCUGAGGGUGCAGCAGUUGACUGUGCCAUAAUGCAAAACACAAGAGCUUCCUCUUAGGCUAAACAAGCAGCCAUGAGAGGUCUUAAGGAAGUGGUGGACAAAUAAUUGACAAUAACAUGAAAGUACUACUCAAUAGCUUUCAACUGAAUGGUCAUACACCAUGGUUUCAUCAAAAGUUGUAACAUGUGGAACUACCUUGAACAGCAUAAUUAACAGCUCUGCAGAAACAGACUGCCCAGGUUUUAACCUUGGAAAUACCCCCUCUUUACAGAAAUAACAAAAUUUUUGGGUCAAGAAUUUACUUAAAAGCAAUAAAUAUUUGACUAGUGUAGUGUACAAAUAAAGUUGUUGUUGUUGUUGUUGCUGUUGUGUUGUUGUGUAGUUUCUAAGCCAUGAAAUGUUAUAUUUUCACAGAUACUUGCACAUCAGUCAUCAUUCCUUUGGUCCAAAAGUUCUGUGAUGAAAUUCCCAAGCAGUGUUCAGAGUCUCUCCUCACAGUGGCACAGUUGUUUGGAAAACUUUCCCAUGGGUUAUCAAGUAAGUAAAAAUUUUAUCCAGUAAACACUUAUUGAGCUCUUGAAAAAAGUGUUGAGGCUCCUUGUUGUCUCAAGUUAUGGCAACCAGGAAAUCUUUGGCUUUAACAGAGGGUGAGGCUAGUCAGUUUUGACCAUUUUUUUUUUUUUCUGUUGACCUCAGUUAACCUUAGUGAGACUAAAAGGAAGUGGUUCUUGAGUUUUACAAAAAAGAUGUGCUACUGUGGCAAUCCAAACAAAAAUAACAGAGUAGGAAGUGUGACACUGGCACUCCAGGUAAGUAAAUCCCUAUAGAUUCCUCUUUGGUUUUAGGUGUCGAAAGAAAAUUAAUUUUGGGGUUUGUUUUGGUAUUUUAAAAAAUUACCUUGUGGCAGUGUUUGGAAAACAGGCAGAACUUGUAUUACACUGGAACCCAUUAGGCUUUCACUGAUGUCAGCUUGGUGCAGCUUCUGGACAGUUGAGCAACAGGAAUUUGUCAUUGCUACAAUAAAUAUAGAAUUGUUUGUUUAGUUCCACCUAUUGUGGUAGGCGCCUCUAGGUUUCCUGGUACAAAGACUCCUUAAUGAGGAACAAAUGACUUGGUGAAUACCUUGCUCCCAACAUUUGACCUUGUGGUUCAGUUCAAAGUAGUGCCCAUUUAGGAACUGUUCACCUACCCCUCCCCAAACCCAAAAUUAACCCUAACUUGUUAUCAGUUUACUGUUAUUGGCUUAGGGGAGGGGUAGGUACUCAGUUGCACAGAUACCAACUUUGAUCCAUGGAUGCCAUUCAUUCAAUCCAUUUUGAAAUCUGGAUUUUUUCUGAACUCUUUCUCUGGAGUUACAGUAAUUGCAAUCAACCUGUUAAGAUCAAUUAAUCAUUUGUGCCAAGUAGAUUCGGUUACUACCUUCCUUUGUGUGUGCGAUUCCAGAGUGCAUCUAGUAUUGCUCCUGACCAGUACCUUUAAAAGGGUAUUAAAAUCCUCUUUCUGUUAUUUCAGAGCUCUGUUUUAUCUGGUGCUACUAUUGAAGAUGAUCCAGAAGCUGAAUGCCGAAGAUGCUGCGCUUUUAACUUUCCGGUAUGAGGAUUGAAUUGCAUCUUAACCCAUUAACUCCCAGAGGCGAUGAACAUGUAACUUCUCCUUAUAAUUUGCAUACACCAUCUUGCAAACAAGUAAUGAGAAUGCUCGAACCUAUCUGAUAGAAGUUUCUAUCUUGAUAUGACACAAAAUUCUCAUAACUAAUUCACAAAGAAAUGUGUAGCAGCUAGAGGGGAGAAUAAAUAAUCAGAUUUAGGAAGUUAAAGGAUUAAGUAACACUGACAAUUACUGUGACCAAACAAUCAACUUCUGAUUUAUUAAGUUGUUGAAUUAUUCAGACCCUCUUUUAACGUUUUAAUCCCUGAGGGUGACUAGCAUCUAAUUUCUCCCUAAGAUAUCACUACUGAAUCCAACAAAAAAUGCUCAUGAGAAUUGAGGAAGUGAUUGCAAACUUGAACAGCUCUUAAUUUUUGACUAAAUUCUCCUUGUCAUUGCCUUAAGAAAUAUAUUAAGAACAGUACGGAGAAUAUGCAUGUUGAUGUUGGAGUGUAAAAGGUUAGAACUAGAAUAUGUUUAUAUUUCUUUACCCCCCAGGCCAUGCUUCUGUUCUGUGGUGCAGCUGGUUUUCAGAGUGAGUUAGCUGCCACAUUUCACUCGCUUGUGGAAGAUCCUCAUGCGCUGGUCAGACGAACUAUAGCAUGUGGAUUUCAUGAGGUAAAGAAAAAGUCAGACUUCUUUGGAAGUUGAAAACUGAGUGUGCAGUGCAGUUGGUAAGAAAUCUCCCUUUCUCCCUGAAGCCCAGUGUAAAGCAUCGAAGCGCGGAAUCCGAAGGUCUGCGGUUUGAAGAGUUAAUUUUUAGUUACGAAAGAAUGUUUCAAGAGUCGUACCGUUGAAAAUUUAUUGAAGAGAAAUCCUUGUUUACCAAAAAAUUUGACGGAAAAAUCAAGUGAGAGGCUUUAACCAACGUGUUUUCUUUUCCUCACUCUAGGUGGCGAAACUUUUAGGGACAAAUGUUGGAUCAAUUCAACAAGAUUUAAGUAUAUUAUUAAAGGAUGAAUCUAUAGAGGUGAGAGACUGAUGUUAUUGAAAAGCUAGUUUGCCUCUUGACUUAUUUAACGUAAAAUGUUAUUUAUUGUUAUUCUUAUUACAGUUAAUUUAAUUUUUUUUCUAGGUAUUAGAAGGUCUUAUCCCAAGUUUACCACAAAGUUUAGAAUGUUUAGCUAGCGGAGGACAUUCGACUCUUGCAGAUACCAAGGUAAAUGAUAACUAUAUGAUUUUGAUAUUUGUUUUAUCGAUAUUAGUAAAACACCAGAAUUUCCUCUGUUUCUAACACAAGAUGUAUUCGUCGCACGAAGUGAAAACAUAAUUUAUAACUUCUCUUUUGAAAACAAAAAUAUUGUCAGCGUACGUGGGUUUAUCAACAUGGUGGUUUAAUGUUCACUUUUAGGGUUAUUUUUCUAUAGCGGAAGUUUACGAUAGUCGAAUUUAAUUUUUCUCUCAGUGGUUAUAGGAACAAAACUUGUUUUUUUUUUUUUUUUGUCUGAAGUCGAAGUUAAUGCAAGUUAAGUUUCGUGCAGAAGAUCUCUGCAUUUAGCGCUCCAGUAAAGUAUUUUAAUCCUCUUUGAUGUAAAUAUCUCAUUUAUAUCCAUGCAACAAACAAAACAUUACGUGUCCCCAAGAGAUUAUCUGCAGUUUAUCUUAUCUUGGUUUCUCCUUAUGGUUUCAAAUGUAUAUUCUCGCGUUGACAGUGCCUCAUGAACAGAAACAUGAAGACUGAUGUACCGCACUGAAAUCGUCUAAAGAUUUUCUCUCAUUUUACAGCUUAAUAAUUUGUCAAACCUUAUACCAUCGCUGAUCGCGUGUGAACUCGCUGUGGAUUCUUCAAGUAACUGGCGCCUCCAUGUACAACUAUUAGAGAAGUUUUCAUGUUUUCCCAAGUGUUUGACCUCAGAUCAAAUAUACUACAAAUUUGUGCCGCUGUUCUUCAGAUUAUUAUCGUCAAAUGUAAGUUUUAUUGUUCAGUGUUACUUGGCUGUGGUUUUGUUCAACCCCUUCAACCCUCUGAGUGACCAACAUCUAAUUUCUCCUUAGAGUAAUACGGCUGAAUCAUUCAUCAAGAUCAUGAGAAUAAAGAAAAUGAUCACCAACUAAACAUUCUCUUGAUUGUUAAACAAAUUCUCCUUGUCAGCUUCUGAAUGAAAUGUAUAGAGAACAGUGAGGAGAAUGUGGAUACUGAUGUUAGGGUGUAAAGGGUGCGCGUUUGUGUCGACAUGCACUCAUCUUCGUACAUAUUUUUUUACUUAUCUGUAUCUUCUUGCCUUUUAAAUGCAUUUCUCUUUUUUUUCUUCUAGCGUGUUUUACCGGUCAAGUCAGCGGCUGCGCACACACUGUGUGUUUUCAUACGACACAACAGAAGAUUUGAGCAAAGACAAGAAUUGUGCUGUAGACUUAUACAAGGUAACGCUGUCAGAAAACUUAUUCUCGCCCUUGAGCGCUCUUCAUGUCGUGAGCCAAUGUUUUCAUCUGAUUGGUUGAAAGAGUGACGUGAGUUUUCAAGACUAUUCACAAUCGCAGAGCGAGGUAGAGCAAAACCAAUGAAUUCCCGGAGUACUUUAGUUGAAAAUUGCGACCUCAGCGUUUCGGUUGUGCAUCAUGUUACUGAUUAAAGAAGUUUCUUGAUAAUUAAACCAACGCGCUUGGUCACCCGCGUUUUCCCGCGCUUUUGGCGGUUUUCUUGUUUUUACUUCGAGUUCUCAUUGGCUCUUUGUGAUAUUUUUCUUUGUUCUGAUUGGUUGUUGUGAUUACUUCGGUUUUGUCCUAACGACACUCGAUCGAAAAGCGCUCCAAUGCUGCUGUGCACUUUUCCAAGUUUUAAUUAUUUUGUCUCUUCUUUAUUUUUUUAGAAUGUGGAAGAGGAAAAAGCUACAGAAGUAGACUAUUAUUCAUAGAUAUUUGCAAGUUUAUAAUGGAAUUAUUUUCGCGUCGAUUUUUCAAGGAGAAUUUCUUCGAAUUUUUAUUAGAAUUGGGCUCGGUGAGUAUUUAAUAUUUUUCUGUUGCACUUAGACCUUUCAAUAGCCUAUUUCAGGCGUUCACUUUUUAAAAUGGAGCUAAAUAGUCAGGUCGCGUAAAAGAAGGAGAUUUGGGACGGGUCACCAAUACUCCCUCCUUAACACGACCCGACCCAAACUUCCCCCACUGUGACAGGGUCAGGUUGCGUUAAGGAGGGAGGCAUGGGACGGGUUACCGAUACUCCCUCUAUUAUGCGACCCGUUCCAAACCUCCCUCAUUGCGACAGGGUCAGGUUGCGUUAAGGAGAGAGGUUAGGGACGGGUCACCAAAACUCCCUCUAUUAUGCGACCCGUUCCAAACCUCCCUCAUUGUGAUAGGCUCAGUUUACGUUAAGGAGGGAGGAUUGGGUCGGGUUACUGAUACCCCUUCCUAAACGCCACCCGACUCAUACCUCCCUCCUUUUCACUGUUCCGUCACUAACGCAUUGUUUACGCUUGGAACAGGUUAAUCUUUCAGUAGUGUGGUGCUUUAUUUUACUUUUCUGUGGAAAAACCUGUUUAUUUGAUUAAUUUAUUUCGAAAAGGACGCUGGUAACGAUGUAGGUGAUUUUCUCUGGAGACAGUUAUUGCUUCGCUAAACUCUCUAAAUUCCCUCUGCCAUGCAUUUGAAUUAAACAGAUCAAAAACAAAACCUUAAUUUACAAGUUGGAGCUUUGAACGUAGCAGUUCUUAAAACAAGCUUUGCAACAUUCAUCAACUUCUAAGAAGAACUCGUAUAGCUUAAGCGAAAACUGGGAAUUUAUUGCGUUUGAAACCCGGUUUCAAAGUAAUAUAUCAGAACAGCGUUCUUUUGUAAGGUUUAAAACUCAUCACUCUUUUUGUUUUGUAGGACCCUGUGUUAAAUGUAAGAUUAAAGUUCUGUACAGUUCCUCCGCGCCUUAAAUCGUUGUUAAAGUUACCGUCAGACAGACAUUUGUUACAACAACUGGAGCAGUGUAUCAGAAAUCUACUGAGCAAUGAAAAGGAGCCUGAUGUUUGCAAUGCAGUCAGAGAGGUAUGGUCUUAUCGUUACUCUCAGGAUCUAAUUGUUAAUUCUCCCCUCUAGCUGUUACACAUUCCUUGCAUUUGUUCUUUACUUCAAGGCGUUCAUGAAGUUGGAUAAAACAAAGUACGAAGAUGACAAGAUAGAUCAACAGAAGGAGGAGGAAGAAAGACUUUUAAUAGUCAUGGUAAAGAAUUAUCUCUAUGAUGAAAUUAUUUUCUUUUGUUUCCUGCAUUGUAUCGAUUCGCAGAGGAAGAUGCCAGUAAUCCCAGUUUGAUCAUGGGUUUAAAUUACAGCCCUCUACCAGCAGUCUACCGCCGCCUCGUCUAUCAUUUUUAUUUCUUUAAAUAUAUAUAUAAACAUAUUUAUCACCCUUUUCCCCAAAGGCACCCAGGCUUAACGAGAGGAUUACGUCUGUUUAGCCUGCCAGCAGGGCUCGCGGUAGGGUUUCGCCUCACGGCCUCUUUUCGAGCACCACCACUUGUAAUACCAUCGCUCUGCUUAUGGUAAAGGUUUUGAAAUCCUUGUUUUAUCGUCUGUAGGAGGAGAAAGAGAGAGAGGAACUUGCUGGGGCAAAUAAGGUUUCGGAUCCCAGAAAGAAAGGCAGCAAAGAUGAAAAGAGAAAAAGUAAGACCUUCCUUUAGAAACUGUGUCAUAAGGUAUCUCUAGAUUGGUGAGAAAAACAAGCGCGCUUGACAUGCUGUUUUGGCGGGAAAACUUGGCAGCCAGCGCCGUGCGAGAAUGGUGCAGUGACAAGAGUCAUGCGCUUUCACUUUUGGGCCUUUCUCCUCUCUGAAGGAUUAUGUUUCUCUGGAUACCUGAAACCCCGGUAUCUGAAAUACGCUAAAGUUAUUUCUCAUUGUUUCCGCGACAACUUGUCGCUCAGAGUUUGAAAUACAUGACAAAUAUACAAACGACUGAAAUACUUUCCGCUCAGUACGUUGAAAUCGUAUCAGAUUAUAUCAAAGCUUCGCUCUGAAUUCAAUGUUUUAUUUAUUACUUCCCUGUUCUCCUUGGUAAAUAAAACUUCUCUGUUGACAUUUACCUCUGACGAUUUUACAGUUGUUGCGGCGAAAGGGAAAGCAAGCAAGCCUGAAGGUCAUCCAUCACUCAAGCGAACGCCUUCUAACUCUGGAUCCAGUAAGUAGACUAAAAACUCACAGAAAAUUACAACCAAGUUUAAGAUGAUUUUUCUCCUGUCUAAGAGUGCUUUGUGAUUGGCCUUGAAAGUCGCGCCAACUUUUCAACCAGUCAGGUGCAAAUUUUAAAGCAAUCGCGUGUUGGUCACCAGCGUUUUACCGCGCUUCUGGAAGGUGACCGUUUUCCGUACUUUUGCUCCCAUUGUGCGUCACAUAGUGAAGAAUUGUUUGAAAGGUGAUGGUUAAGUCCAAACAUGACCCAUAAUGAUUGCUGUCAGUUUCACUGUCUUUGUUUCCUGCUAUUGUUUACAGCUUCAACUGGUGCGGCUAAAACAAGCCAGAAGAUAGCACCACAAAGAAAUCCUGGAUCAAAGGGUUCACCGUCGUCUAGUCUUCAAAGACUUCCUAGCCUUUCGUCAGCCCUCCCCAGCACAACCGGAUCAAGCACAAGUUCAACAUCCGCCGGGGCCUGGAAAGGGUCUCCAAAUACAAGUGGUAACCCUUCAGCUCGCGGCGCUUCUCACGCCUCGACGAGUGGCGUGAAAACGGCGUCUAAAACAACUAAGGAAAAGACGUACGUUUAUGAAAAAAAAAACUUUAUUAAACUCUAAACUUAUUUUGAAAGAAGAAUUUUUUUCUUUACAAAAAAAUUAAUGAAAAUAUUAUGUUAAUUUAGUUUUGUAACCAAAAGGACUCAGCAUUUCUACUUUUCCUUUUUGUAGGAGUGACAAAACUGCUGCUGGAAAAAGUAGAAAACCAAUUUCAGUUAGUUCCUCAAAUUCCAGUCGAGGAAGUUUUUGAUAAGAGGUCGGUGCAGUGUUUGAUGACCUGCAACAGUACGGGCCGUCAUACGUAAAGUAUUAAUAUGACGACUCAAUCCAGUGGAGUAGAGAAGGUGUACGAGGCGACCAACGUGAGGAGAUUCCAACAGAAGGAAAAGGCAUGUCAAUUUUAGGGUUUUCACUUGCAAUCGCGAAUGUUGCGUGACAGCAGAGAGCGUGACUGUCACACAAUUUACAAGUUUACUGCUUUGAACCGAAAUAUGGCAUUGCCGGUUAUUUUAAAAGCUGUAGGUGUAUUUUUCGUACCGCAUGGAUUC